CCUGCUCACUCAGUCAGCUGAUGUGAUGGCCGGAGGGAGGAUGUGUGCACCAGCCCUCAGUGUUAUCCUUUAUUCUUAGUGUGGCGGUCGUGUGAGACGGUGCACUGAACUAUAGCUCGUGGAAACUCAAAGUGGUGAGAAAGCCGCCAUCAUGAGUGGGUUUGACGAGGUUCUAGGCACCAAAAUAGAGGUGAGGAAGAGGCCUUUAGGGACCUCUCUGGACAAGGAUCUGUGUGACGGUGCGCUGGAACAAGACUUAUUCCCUGAGUUUACUAAGUUACUCGAGGAUGCUGUGCCCGGGGACGACGAGAGCGAGGGCUGCCCACUCCCUGGCACCCCUGAGGACGAGUCUCUCAUCGACGCCAAGGAGGAUGAGGAGCUGCGGCACCGAGUGGUGAACCGCGAGUCACACGAUGACGACCUGGUGCUCAGCUCGAUGGCCCAGAGUGCCUUCGAGACGGCGGAGGAGCUGGUGCACAAGGUGUGGGAGGAGGUGUCCAGCUGGAAAACACAACCCUUCUCCAAGCUCCCCAAGUGGCUGCAGGACAACGACUACCUGCACCACUGGCACAGACCGCCACUCCCAUCCUUUGCCGCCUGUUUCAAGUCCAUCUUCAGGAUCCACACUGAGACAGGCAACAUCUGGACUCAUCUGUUAGGUUGUAUAUCCUUCAUUGGGGUGAUGGUGUACUUCCUGACGGGCUCCUCCCUGGGCCAACACUGGGUACAGGUGGACCUUAAGGAGAAGCUGGUGUUCACUGCCUUCUUCAUCGGUGCCAUCUUCUGCCUCGGACUCUCCUUCACCUUCCACACAGUGUCCUGCCACUCAGAGUUUGUGGGGAAGCUCUUCAGCAAACUCGAUUACUGUGGCAUCGCACUCCUCAUCAUGGGGUCCUUCGUCCCGUGGCUCUACUACGGCUUCUACUGUGACUUCCAGCCCAAGCUGAUCUACCUAACAGCUGUGGUGUUGCUGGGCAUCACCACCAUCGUUGUGUCCCUGUGGGAGAAGUUCAGCACACCCACCUUCAGGCCCCUCAGGGCAGCGGUGUUCCUGACCUUUGGAUUGUCAGGCAUCAUCCCCGCAGUGCACUACACGCUCAUUGAGGGCUUCGACUAUGCCAUCACCCGCGCCUCCAUGGGCUGGCUCAUCCUCAUGGGAGCGCUGUAUGUGAUAGGCGCGCUGCUCUAUGCUGUCAGGGUGCCAGAGAGAUUCUUCCCUGGCAAGUGUGACCUCUGGUUCCAAAGUCACCAAAUCUUCCACAUCCUGGUGAUAGCGGCGGCCUUUGUCCACUACCAUGGGAUCUCUGAGAUGGCCAUGUACCGCCUGACACAUGGAGACUGCAGCGCGGAGGACCUGGCAGCCAUGGAGACCAAAGACCUGCUCUGAGGCCGCCCCAGGAGUGAGGAAGGGGAGUGAUUGUGGCUUGGGGAGCUGCACCCUGGCUGGCCCAUGGGAGGAGAGGGAUGCACUAGAGCCACAAAUCGUUCUUAUUUUGUUUAUUGUAUUAUUUAUUACUCUCUCUUUUGGCCAUCAUCGUGUGAGUUGACCUUGGAAAUAGUAAGGAUUGAAGUGACUCUUGUUAGUUCCUCUUCAUUAUUUUGUUUGGCAAAUGUCCAUAUUGUUAUGAUUAUUAUUAUUAUUAUUAUUAUUAUUAUUAUUAUUAAUGGUAAGAUUAUAUUUCCCAAGGGGGACAUGACUGAUAUGGCCUCAGUGAGAAAAGAAAGGGCCAUCACUUUCCUUUGGACAAAAUACACUCUUUUAUCUCUGUUAUCAGUUACCAUCAUGAAGAAGCAGGUUUAGCAUACAUGUAUUCGUGUGUUCAGUGCCAGACCAACAGCUACUGAUGACGCACAUGCAUAGCAAUCAUCUCAUCAACCUCGGCAUUCAAUCAGCUGACAGACGGAGUGGCGAGGAAAUCAUCCCUGGGGAAGAUUGCCAUCACACUCCUCGGCCAGACAACCUGCAGUCGUUUCCAUGCCUUGUGAUACUAGAGUUAUGCGAACACUUCACUCAGCGCAACCUUUGGAAGUCUUGGUAUAAUUAUUUGAACACACACACACAAUGCUGUUGCAGUGUAAGCUACAUUUGUUGCAUGUUGAUGCCUUGCUGUAUUGGCCCACCACUUGUAAGGACUCUGGUUAGGAUGUGACUCGGCGCUAUUCGGUACCCUUCAGUGGUAUUGUACUGAAUGACAUGUAUUGUGGUAAAGUGUCUUGGUAAGUGUGUUAUGCAACAGAGGAUUGGGUUAUAUCUGAAAGAUCCUUCAUUUGUGAACAUUAACCAUAACAGAUUAGUAAAUAGACUUUUGAAAACUAGUCGACUGUUUCUUGACUGUGCAGCAGCUGUCAACUUUGAUGCCUCCCAGAAAAACAGUGUUGAAUAUUUGCAACUUCUAUUAUAUUACAUAUUCAGUACCUUUUUAUAUAUAUACAUAUAAUCUUUCUUGUCUUUACUUGCAAACUGCAUUAUGUUAUUCAGUAUAUUUCUUGUGUCAAUUUCAAAUUGCUGUUCUUACUGUUGUGCUUUGACUUCCUGUCAAAGAAUGAUGGCUUGUUGCAUUAUGGCUUUGAAAAUAAGUACAAAAUACUACAACACUUGCAUUUGUUGGGCUUUUGGAAUUUUCUUUCUUUUCAAAGAUAACGGCCCUUUUUUUCACUCUCUGUAUACCAGGCUGAGAUCCUCCUUGUAGAGGCAGGUAGCCCAGAUGAGACCACACCAUGCACAAGAGGAGUAGAGAUUCAGUUUAUGUAUUUCAGGUCUUGCUUUUCUGUUUAAUAAUCCUAGAUCUCCCCAUUCCUGUAUGUUAACAGUGAGACCCAGACGAUGUAAACCGUACAGUUUUAGAUCACCAGUCAUGAAAAGUAGUUGCAGCAAUGAUAAAGCUAUUUUUAUAUGAACUGUAUUGUAUCUGAGGUAAGAGCUCCUCUUUUUCUGUCUUCAAGAGACCAUCUGUUUGUGUGUAUGUGUUGUGUAGGGUGUGAAGACAAGUAUACUUGAAUACUGAAAUGUUCAAUGUACAGGGUGUAGAGGCAGGCGUAGCUAAACAUCACUGAGAAGUUAAUCAGGCUGAGUGGUGUCUGCCAUGCAUGUCACCCUAUCAGCUAAUGCUAUCAGCUGUCUGUGUCUCAUUCAGGAGAGGUUGAGACUUUGGCAUGAGGUAGCAUAAUUCCACAAAGGAUCAUCUGUUAUGAGAGUAUAUGUAGUACUUGCAUUUAUCCAUCAAGAUGAGUAGAACAACAUGCAGAAAGCUUGCUGUUGUUUUGGAUUAUUUGCUGCAUUUGUGCAAGCCAGCCACUUAACCACAGCAAGCACCAGCGAUGGUCUCACUUAGGUGUGUGCAUAUGCCUUGUUACCAAGUUAGAUUACUAGGUUCUUGGCUAGCAGUUUAUGAUGUGCUAGAUCUGUGAAGCUUUGAGAAUCAUAUUGUGCACAGUGUCACAGUGACAGUCUGGUGCACCUUUGGCAGCACGGGACGACAGGUAUUACAUAUCACUUGGAUGUACAGGAUGGUAUGCUUAAGGAAUGAUGAUAUCUGAAGCAGCUAUACAUACUAAUAAGAUUGUCUACAGCCAGCUAUAUCUACUAAUAAGAUUGUCUACAGCCAGCAUAUGUGUGGGGUUAUCAACAGAGCACUUCUGCAGCCACUGCUUAAUUUACCUCUAGGACUCAAAGUAUGACAACAUGUGUAAGUCAGAUACUGUGCAUUUAAAUGUAAUGCUUAGUUCCCUCUAUGGACGUAGAAAUACAAUGGAUGGCUUUAUUCUUGUUUAUCUAUUUUUUGACUCAUGUCAUUUUCUCAACAUUCAUCGUGUAAUCAAUAACGAGUUGAUAAAUCAAAGAGGACAGGUGUGAUGGUGGAUAUUGAGAGAAGUACAACACUGCCAAACCAGAUGCUUUGAUAAUCAUAGCCCUGCCUUAACUUCCCUCGGACAGCUGUCACUUCAAGUAGGGAAGAACUGCAGCAAUCCAUUCAUCCCUUUAUAUUUAUGAGAGGGGAAAAUUGCAUCUGGGGAUGGUUGAUACACUGCAAGAUGGGGCUAAGAAGAAGCAUUGUUUUUUUCCUCAACUUGGAAAUAGAAAGGAUUGAUAUUGUACUUUGUCUUUUUCAGUCAUUAGCAUAUGAAUAGCUUAUUUGUAUUUAUGUGUGACCUUUGAUCAUUUGUGUGUUGUAAAAAGCUGUAUUAGUAAGUUUUAGUCGCCACAUUUCUUUUUGCAGACAGACAUUUGUUUCAAGUAGUCUUUGCUCAUUGGUGUGUGACCUUGAAACGUAUAGGAUUUUUAUCUGUCCCUUACAUUCCACUCUCCUUUAAAAAGGUUGAUCCACAUCUUUCCUUCACACCCUCAAUCCCUCCUUCCUGCUCUGCCUUUGGAAACUCACCUGCAAGCCAAGCAGUUCAUGUGUCACUCAGAGCCACAUGACGCGCACAGCUUCGCAGUGGUUUGCUGCCGAGUGUGUAAAUCUUUUCGACUUUGCUCAUACAUUAGGCGUUCUAGCCGUGCUUCAUGAUUAGGUUAUAUUAGUUGAUGUGAGUAUGUGACAUUCAUUGUGCUGGUACUUAUUUUGGUUGGUCAUCAUUUCAUUCAUCCAGGUAUAUCAUCAAUCAUAAGCCACAUGUAGGAGCGCGAUUUAUGUGUCUCCCGUAUUUCCCACGCCUUAAAGUGAUGAAAUCACGCCUACUGCUCAACAUUCUGCAGAGGUUCACUCUUCCAGAAUGUGAAGUGGUAAUGAAUAUACAGUAUACAUAAUUUCUUCAUGGUCACUGUGUUAAACAUACACCAUGUGGAAUGCAAAUGAGGCAGGUAACAGUGCUGGUUCAGGGUUAUAGUGUACAGGGCAUUACUCUGGGCAUUACUGCUUCAGAAACUUGCACAGGUGCAGAUGGCAUCCUUCAAGACUGUCAGCCCAGCCCAUUUUCCUUGUAACUGUGUACUGAUGCUCAGACCUACAUACAUAUGAAGCAUGAAUGGGUAGGAAUACUGUUACUGUUCAUUUUCCUUAAGUGUGAAAAUGUCAGGUGUUACCAAUCUCUGGCUCCCUCACGUCCCAUCACAGCCGUGCAAUCAGGUCUGGACGCGAGGGAGCCGUCGGGGCAGCAGGUUAAAUGAUGUUUUGAGUAAUGCUCAGUCUUGAAGCUUUUUGUCAGUAUUCAGCAGUUUUAUUAAUGGCUGGCUGUUUUUUUUACCUUUUUUUUUCUUUUCUGUGCCCAAGUACUUUUUAAAGAUCUUUUUUUUAUUUUAUUUCCAGCAAGAAAGCCAUUGUUGAGUCCUUGCUUUUGGUGUGGCUGUAGUACAGUUUUGUUGUGAGGCUGUUCCUGUGGUAGAUCCAAUACAGUGCAAGUCAACAUGUGAUGAACAAAUUUUGAUGGUUUAAAACAACAAUUCCUAGCAUGGCAUGUUGGCAUGUUUUCUGAAUAUGCUUUUACCAGUAGGACAUACUGCAUAGAAAAAAUUAGGUAGAUUUAUUUAUUUCUCACAACAUUAUUGAUUUGUAAUGUCACAGUUUAUAUGGAGGACAAAUGUUACAACUGGAACACACUCAUUGUUUGUUACACUGUAAUGAAAAUAUAGAGGAAAUAUAUUAUAAUGAAUA